CCCCCCAGCCAUGGCGGCGCCGCGCGGCGUGAUCCGGGCCAUGCACCGAGGGACCCUCACCCAGAAUAGCGGCAUGGAUCGAAUUUUCUCAGGUAUUCAGCCAACUGGGAAGCUCCACCUUGGCAACUACUGUGGAGCCAUCCAGAACUGGAUGAGGCUUCAGGAAGAAUACAACUCUGUGUUAUACAGCAUUGUAGAUCUGCACGCUCUCACAGUACCACGGGAGCCAGCGGUCUUGCGUCAGAGCAUCCUGGAUACCACUGCCACUCUCCUCGCCUGUGGUAUCAAUCCAGAGAAGUGCCUCCUUUUUCAGCAGUCACAGGUGCCUGAACAUGCAGAACUCGGUUGGAUUCUUGGGUGCUUAACUAAUAUGCCACGUAUACAAAGCUUUCCGCAGUGGAAGGUAAAGAAUGCCAGCCAGAAUUAUGAAGGAACCGUUGGUCUGUUCACAUACCCUGUUCUUCAAGCUGCAGAUAUUCUGCUGUACAAGUCAACACAUGUUCCUGUUGGAGAAGAUCAAGUCCUGCACCUGGAACUGACUCGAGAUAUAGCACAACACUUUAACAAGAAAUAUGGAAACUUCUUUCCUGUGCCCAAAGCCAUUUUAAGUACAACAAAGAAGGUGAGGUCUCUCAGGGAUCCAGCAGCCAAGAUGUCCAAGUCAGACCCUCAGAAGUUAGGCACACUCAACAUCACAGACAGUCCAGAGGAGAUUGUUCUGAAAUUCCGCAAGGCUGUGACUGACUUCACCUCUGAGGUGACCUAUGACCCAGACUCUCGUCCUGGUGUCUCCAAUCUGGUGACCAUUCAUGCUGCAGUGACAGGACUCAGCAUAAAGGAAGUGGUGCACCAGUGUGUUGGUCUUGACACUGCUCACUACAAAGGGAUAGUGGCAGAGGCAGUUAUUCAGAAGUUUGCGCCAAUCAGGAACGAAAUUAAGAGGCUUCAGGAGGACAAAUCCCACUUGGAAAAGGUUUUACAGACUGGAGCAGAGAAAGCCAAAGAACUAGCUUCCCCUGUGUAUCAAGAAAUUAGGAGAUUAGUCGGGUUUCAGUAGAACUUACGGAAUAAUUUAAAAUUUUCUUAUUUCCUGAGAUAGCUCUUGUUCAUCAUCUCCCAUCUUAGAGUCUGAGAGAGAAUUUGCUUUGUCCUGGAAAAUCAGACAAAAACAAUCAGAUGAUUUUUCCAUGUGAUUACGACACCAUCCAAUUGGACUAGCAUCAAGCCAUUCUGGAUGGCCAAAGGAAGGCACAGACACAAAUUGCCAAAGAAACUCACAAAACCAGAACAGUGAAGCUGACCAAAUUAACUGCCUGUUUUUAUAGAGCAACAUAAAAAGUUGAAAUAGAAGCCAUGGUUGUUGAGAUGUCAGAGUUGCUGCAUUCCAGAUUACUCCAGCAGGAGAGGAAGUCACAAGCUUCAUAAAAUCCUCCCCUAUUACACACACAACCCCACAGCGAAAGACAACUGUUUCAUAAACUCCGAUGACAGUUACACUGUGCUGAAUGUAAUGGCAGAAUGUGCUUCUGGAUUACCAGAAUAAAAAUACAUAUUAGAGACCUGGAAUGCCCAGGACAUUGGUAAUGGGAAAAUCCCCAGUUCAGAUGCAGCCUAGUUUGGUAAUGACAUGAAAUGAGUUCGGCUCUUAGUCCAUUCCCUGAUAUACAAAUGUCCAUAUUACAGAAACCAUCGUGACCACUGAAACUUUGCUUCUUUUUGGUAGUCUCAGUAAAGAAUUCAUGGAGUGAAUGAAACCUGUACCCUCUACCCUGAUCUCCCCUCUCACUUCUAGGUCAUCUUAGUAGGUCAGGGUUAAGAUACAUUGGCAGGGGACUGCCUGUGUUGGGAAACUUGCUCUGCAGCUGUCCAUUUUGCAGCUAUUCUGUAGAGAAGUAAAGGCUCCAGCACUGUCAGUGCAGCACCAACUACAGGAUUCAUUUUAGGAUCUCUGUCCUUCAGGGAAAUGACUUUUGGCUUUGAAACCAGAGAACUGGCUGUGAAAUUAACAAAAAUGGCUUGUGUAAGUGACUAGCUGACUACAAAGCCAUGGUUAUGAUCAGAGUAUUAUUCUUUAAAUGAAUAGGCCUAGUAAUGAGAGCUGCAAUCAGCCUCCACAGAUGUUAUUCCUCCCAAGCCCCAGUGAGAGAGCCCAGAAUGAGUGAGCUGCUACUGAGGACCAGAAGGAAAGGGAGAAAUUGGCAAAAAGGAAUAAACUCUUCUAAAGGGAAUGGAAUGGAGAGAGUAGAGAAGUGCUUAAAGCAAUGCAAAAGUAAUUAUUGUACUGUUGCGGAGAAUUACGCUGCGUCAGUGCAUUGAUGCCUCACAUUUGAAACCACUGUAUUAAAACUUAAACUAAGUUUAUUGUACCACAAUCAUGGCAGGUACUGCAAAGAGGAAAACGCAAAUUGAAAAGUGUCUGAAACAUGUCUUCGCUGUUUCUUUCUCCUGAGCUGGGAAAGGUUGAAGUUAUAUCAAGAAACUAGGGCAACUUUAUACUCCUGAAUCAACAUGAACUGAUAUUUUUUUCUGUGUAAUACAGACCAAUAAAAAGCUGAUGGAUUUGUUAACUGGUUGGAGUGAAUUGCUGAGUGUUCACUAACUCAGAAUCCUUUAGCUCCUGUAUAUUGCAAAGCAAGAAAUUCACAGUUGGACGUCCCUACCAUCCAAGCUAAAACCUGGGUUUAUAUAUAAAGGAUCUGUGGAAAGAGAAGAAUGAGAUGAGAAUUUUCAGGUAAGACAAUUACUAAAGCUAGUCAAGACUAGAGGAGGUAAAUGAAUGGACACAAUUAUGUCAGUUAGAAAACAAGUGCAAGGUAAUGUACAUUGGAAGGAUUAAUUGCAUCUAUUCAUACAGGUUGCUGAUUUCUAAAUUAACACACAGGGAAAGAUGUGGGUGUUGUGGACAGCUCAUAGUAAAAUCUCAUCUCAUUGGCCAGCAGCGGACCAGAAAGCAAUUGUUAGGUUUUAUGGAGAAUAGGGUAGAAAGUACUACUGAAAAUAUGACUCCACUCUAGGUUGAUAAUACUCAAGAUAAAGACAUACGUUCAUUUCUGGAUGCCCCAGAUUAAAAACGUUGUAGCAGAAAUAGAAGAUGAUCAAAAGGUGAGGAAUACAAAUUAGAGGCAAAGAGAUUGAAAAGAUUAUGACUGUCAUCUUUACAAAGAAAACAACAAGAGGGGGCCAUGAUAGAGGUAUAUAUAAUAAACAUUAUAAAGAGAAGGUGGAUUGCAUGCUUAUAUUGUCUUACAAUAUCAGAACAAGAAAUUUAAAAGAUGACAAACUUCAAAACUGAUUUUUUUAAUUGUUUUACAGAAUGUAUGGCUAACCUGUGGAACUCAUUCACACAAGAUAUUAAAGUGCAAGUAUUUAGCAGGAUUCAGAAUUACUUGCACAUAUAUGAAUAAAGAAUAUAAACCUAUAUGCUUCAAAGCAUAAGACAUGGACUAUAAGCAACUGACUGAUUAGGCUAAAGAAGAAACUUCUACUGUGGGCUGGUUAUUCCGUAACUGUUCAUUGUGAGGAUUUUUGUACCUUCAUCUUGAAGCAUUUGCUGCAGACUACUGCCAGAGACAGGAUACCUAUUGUAGAUGGACAACCGGUCUCAUCCAGAAUGGCUAUUUCUGAGGGAAUUCUGUGCAACAAAAUUCUGGUUUGGGACAAUCUGAAGCAGUUAGCGCAAUGUUUAAAUCUAUUUCUGUUUCUAUACAGAAACAAUUCCGUUCAAAUCCACCCAAUUUUAUGAGGAAAAUACUCAGGAAAAUAAUGGGAGGGUCUUGGAUCUACCACUAAAUGAAGCAGCUUAGAUUAAGCAACCUGCCCAUCACUAGACACUCUGAGGGCUCAUUACAGUUCCUCAGUUAUCACAGAUAUAGCCAUGUAGUCACAUAUGGAGAUGUUUCUUGCUGGUAUAAAAUAACUUACGGGCUCUGAAUUGUUCAAAAUGAACUGGCCAGACUUAAAAAUGACCUGUUGAAAACCCCAAAAAUGUUGUAUCCUUUUUGUUUCUUAAUGAUGUAUGCGGAAGGCCCACAGGUAUUUUUUUAAUGUUUUUCCCUGCUUGCUUUUUACAUUAGAAAUUCAGCUCUCAUCUGCUGUAUUUUUCCUAGGGGACAGUAUGGAUGACUGGAGAACUCAUAUGGUUACAAAUUACAUCAGAGAUACCAGGAAGAUAAAACUGAUUAAUUGGCAAGGGAAGGGAUUUUUAUUCAGCCUGUUUAAAACACUCUCUUGAUUUCUGUUGACACCUGUUUAAUUCAAAUGCCUAACAAAUACUUUGGUAAAAUAUAUUGUUUAAAAAUUCCAUACUGUACCACAUCAAAUAAGAUUAGGGGCUCCCAAUCCAUUUCUUCCUCUUUCAAAGGAGGACCUCC